AUGGCACAGAAGAUACAUGAAGUAGGCUGCAAAGUGAUGUCAAAUAAAGUGCCUAGCAAGAAGACGCCGUCAUCAACCAAUAUCCUAGUACAGUCCCAGAUAGAAACCCAGAGAGUGAAUACUGUGCUUCUCAGUGCUUUGAUGGAAGUUGCGGAUGUUGCUGACCUUGACACAAAUGCUGCGAUCCCAAUGACUGUGACUAAGACACUUGCCACAGAGCCACACAAUUCCGACGAUCCUCAUCGCCGUUGGAUAAGCACCAGUACCACAUUCUUUCAAGCCAGAUUAGGGGUGGCGGCAUCAUCCAAGACAAGCGAGAUUGGCACUCGCAAGCUGGAUGUCACCCUUGUGACCAAUGACUCACAUGAGUGGUCAGAUGUUAAAUCUGUUAUUGAUGUCAAGUAUCACCACACUGAGGCUCUUCUCAAGGCCUCCAAGGAGUACAUGGUAGAAGUUUCCUGGCUGGUCUUCACCAACCAAGUGCAUUGUCGCUUCUUUGUAGGAGCUCUCUUGACUGGACCAGAAAUGAGGAUUGCUCUUUUCACUCGCGGUUGUGAGGCCUUUUCUGAACCCAUCAAUAUCUAUGCCAAUCUCGUCAAAUAUAUGCAAGUCUUAUCUUGGUUCAUGCAUACCGAACUUUGGUAUCUUGGAUAUGAUCCCUACUACCAAGCUCCCAUUUCCACGGACAAUCUGUCAUUAUGGUCGAUGAAGGCAAACAGUACCACAGAACAAGACAUGGUGCCAAGUAUGGUGCUUUCAAUCAUCUAUAGUGGUAUCGCUGGAUUUGGCCGCACCACUUGGGUGAUGGCAGUCAGAGGCCUGAGACAGCAACUGGGGGUUGAUCAAGAGAUUUUGAUUGUAAAGGAGGACAAGGAGCGCCUUCAAAAGGCUUGCAUAAAACUAGAGCAAGAAAAGAUUCCCUAUCCUGACGUUAUUCAUGACACUGAGGCUGAGAAGAAGUCACAGUCAGUCUUAUUCAAGCGAUGGCCCAAACCUAUGUGGGAUGAUGAGGACAACGAAGGUUCCUACCCCAGACACCUCCCUAUUCGUGAUCAACACAUGUCCACACACCCUGUUAUGAUGAUCGACUGUGAUGGGGCGCAAGUACCAGACAGUGUUGCGAACAUCAUGAAGCCCUUGUCCAUGGAAAUCUAUCCCCUUGUGCACUAUCAAACCGUCUUCAAGACCAACACAGUCAGGUGUACCUGGUUCUCCUGUCACUGGGAAUUCUUUUCAGGGUUGAUAGGUGCUUUGAAGGGUCAUCUCAAUGCUUGGUUACGCGGGUUGAUCCACUGUGAUACCAGUGACGGCAUACAUGGAGUACCCAAAUUCUGUGGAGACAUAGUAGAAUCUGAGUGGUUUCCCAUGUGUCCUGGAAUGAUCGGGGACUUUGGCUUAGCACUGGACUUCUUGGAUAACUCGGAGAAAGCUUUGGAAGAGAAAAAGAAGUGGACUACAACAGGAACUUUCCCUUACAGUAGUGUCGACCGAGAACAUCCCCCCAAUAUCUGCCAUGAUUUGGAGUCAUUUAUUUUUCUCGCAUUCAUGCUCGGGGUGAAUGUUAUGGGUCCUUACCAUCAACUUCAAGAUUGGCCUGUCCCUGUUCAUAAUACCAAUGCCAUAGAGACAGGGAUUUCCACCACAGUUGAUUCAGCCAACCUCACCGUAAAGAAGUUCAAACAUUCUAAUGCAGGUUGGGCCACAACUGCUUCUUCAGAACUUCUUGUGUGUUCUUGUUUGGUGCCUCAAUGGGCAAAGUUUGGCGUUUCCAACUUCCAAGAUGAUGAAGUGAUAAUGCAAAAGGAGAACCUGAUGUGGGAUGGAUUUGAGCAUUCCCUUAAUCCAUACUGGAAGGGGCUCACUCAUACCAAGCUGAUCAAUGUCCUGCGAGAGAUGAUCAAUGCAGUACUGGUGGACAAGGAUGGUGCACCAGACAAGUUGUUGAUCAUGACAGCGAUCAUGGUUAGCCAAACAGAAUACCUACCCACAUCCCUACCACCUUCAGGUACCCAUAUCUCUGCAUCUUCUAGGUUUGCCAGAUUCGAAAUCUACACUCCCAAUGAGAUGCGCCAGAGCUUGCAGACCUCAGAGAGCACCUUGGGAUUGAGAAAGCGCAAGGCACUUUUAUUGCAGGACAGCGACAGUUCCACUAGUGCGACUACUUCAUCAGUCUUCCCAUUGUCUGGUACAGCCGGCAUGUCUGUCAAUUCAUCCAAUCUCUCUGGGAAAGGGAAGUAUCAGAGGAAAUCCAGAGGAUAA